AUGCGUGUCAUAAGUAAUACUCAGAGCUCCACUUUAAGAUCUCUCGGCUUAAUCAACUGUUUUUACCUGGGGGAUACCGCUCUUGAGACUAUCAUAGAAAAUGUUCGCAUAAGAACUUUGAAUAUCCGAUCUAGUCGCAGAAUUACAACUGCUGCUAUUCAACGUUUGAUUGACGCUCAUCGAUGCUCAAAAAUAAAGGAACCAUUGAAACUUUACUUAUUUAGAUCGUCUGUCGAUAUUCCAUCUCUCAAAUAUGAGCCAGGUCGAGUACUUUUUUUCGAUGAAAAGCGUUGGAGAAAACGCUUGCACACUGGAGAAUUUUUGCACGAGACUGCUGUUCGUCCGGAUUGGGAAUACAGCUCUGACGAAGACGAUUUUGUUUGA